AUGGCUGAAUCCAACAACCAAUUUAUCUACCCUGACGAUGGCUCUGGCGAUGAGGACCAGUCUCUCCUUUCUACAAGAGGCCUCGAAGCCUUUGGCCGAAAGGUUACUACGACCGCCACACAUCUCAUGGGACCCAAUGCCGAAUCAACAGUAAACCACUACCAGGCCGCCAUGGCCCAAGUUCAUAAACAGCUGAAACGACCGACGGUACAGCGCAGCGUCUUUGCAUUGGCUAGAACGACACCUACAGAGCUAGUACGAGCCAAAUUAUCGCGAGCGGAGAUCCAGCAUCGUGCAGUGGCGGCCUUGUCGGACGAACUUCUCACCAACAUCCCGGAAAGCGGAAGCAGCUAUUCUCUGUUCCAGGGCUUUCAGGCCAGCUUCCCGGAACUUACUGACGAGGGCAAGAAGCAUCGACGCCGCGUAUCGAGAGGCCGCAAGCUGUUGGAAGAUUCUUCAGCGCCAGCGACAGAUAACCAGAAGCUCAUGCAAAUCAAGAAGGAGAAGGCUGCCAUGAUGCACGAGUUUGAGCUUCUCGGCGUGCGCAAGAAUAUGGCUAGCAGCGAAAUUCGAGAGAUUGAUAACAAGAUUGCCAACUUGCAUGGCAUGCGAAAGAUCAUUUUGGAUAGAAUAGCCGGCAUGGAGCAAGAAGAGGCUCUGCUGGAGCACGACAUUAUCGAUGUCGAAGCGCGAUUAGACGAAGCCCAAGCUGCAGUGGACGAAGCGGAAGAAAUUGCAAACAACACCCCUACCAAAGACGAAGUCGACCUUGUAGGUGAUGCGGAUGAGCAAGACGCCGAGUUCAUGUCGCAGUCUGUUUACGAUAAGCUUCCCGGUUCGACGGCAGGCACACCAGCAAAACGCCCGAAAAAGGUGCGCAGACGUGUUUCGAUACCGAUACUGCACGAGCACUUUGAACCCGGUUCCGCCAUCCGAGAGAUUCGCGCUCACAGAGAGAACAUUACGGCGCUCGACUUUGAUGCUCCCUUUGGAGUCAUGGUGACAUCUGCGCUAGAUGACUCGGUGAGAGUUUGGGAUCUCAACGCUGGCAGACUCAUGGGCUAUCUAGAGGGCCACGCUGCGUCGGUCCGCACGUUGCAAGUCGAGGACAACAUAUUAGCUACUGGUUCUGCGGAUGCAAGCAUCCGUUUGUGGGAUCUUAGCCGAACAAGAUACGAUCCACAGGGAGAUACAGCGGCAAAGGGCAACGGAGAUGACGAUGCAAUUGCCUUUGAGAACCCAGACGAUCAACCAUUUGAGCCACCACAAGGAAGCAUGGACGACUGUGAACUGUUUACGCUCCGAGCUCAUGUUGAUGAAGUAACAGCUCUUCAUUUCCGAGGCGACGUUCUUGUUUCUGGCUCGUCUGACAAGACUAUGCGCCACUGGGAUCUUGAAAAGGGCCGAUGCAUCCAGACUCUGGAUGUCAUGUGGGCUGCAGCACAGGCUUCGACGUCAGCAGUAGAUAGCGCUUGGAAGCCAACAGGGCGAAAGUCGAUGGCUCCAUCAGACGGAGAUUUCAUUGGCGCUUUACAAGUGUUUGAAUCGGCCCUGGCUUGCGGUACUGCUGACGGCAUGGUGAGACUAUGGGAUCUCCGCAGUGGCCAAGUACACCGAAGCUUGGUUGGACACACUGGAGCGGUCACCUGCUUGCAGUUUGACGAUGUGCAUUUGGUUACUGGUAGCAUGGAUCGCAGUAUCAGAAUAUGGGACCUACGAACAGGCUCUAUACACGAUGCCUAUGCCUACGACAACCCUGUUACGAGUAUGAUGUUUGACGCUCGACGCAUUGUAAGCGCUGCGGGCGAAGAUGUGGUCAAGGUGUAUGAUAAGGUCGAGGGACGCCAAUGGGAGUGUGGCGCCGGUGUGAAUGCUGCUGAGGAGGGCAAGAACCCAUCUAUUAUUGAAAAGGUUCGCGUUAGAGACGGAUACAUGGUGGAAGGCCGCCGUGAUGGUAUUGUUGGUGUUUGGACAUGUUGA